UCUAGCAUUGGCAGGGGAAAUUUCCGCAUGAUCCGAUCCUUCAUGGAAGGACUGGUUCUUCCUUUUAUCAAUGUGGUGGGUGCGAACGGGGUACGUUAUGCAGUCGUGCAGUACAGUGACGAUCCCAGGACUGAGUUCAAAUUCUCAGACUUUCUCAACGGAACGGAAGUGAUACGGGCUGUCCAAGAGAUAGCCUUCAAGGGUGGGAAUACUCGCACAGGAGCAGGCCUGCGUUACGUAGUAGAUAACUUAUUUGGAGCCAAUCAGCUCCGGCCUAAUGUUCCAAAGAUUUGUAUUCUCAUUACUGAUGGAAAGUCUCAGGAUGAAGUUGAGCAGACAGCCUUAAAACUGAAGAAUCAAGGCAUUAAAGUCUUUGCAGUGGGUAUCAAAAAUGCAGACCGAAAGGAGCUUGACCGAGUGGCUUCCACACCCACAGAAGAUUAUUCCUUCUAUGUUACUGAUUUUAAAAUCCUGGCAUCCCUCCUGCCACUGGUGUCCCAGAAGGUGUGUGCCAGCACAGGAGGCAUCCUCCAGACAAUAGGUGCCUACAAUGGUCCUUCCAACCUGGCUUUCAUGGAACAAGGAACAGACAUGCUAAGGAUCCGUUGGACAGCAGCUGGUGGUCCUGUAAUUGGAUAUAAAAUUCAAUAUGUACCUUUGAAUGGCCUGGGGCAACAAAUCAUGUCAGAAAGGCAGGAGGUCAGUGUGGGAUCUGGUGAGACAAGCACUGUACUCCGUGGCUUGAAAAGUGGGACAGAUUACCUGGUCACUGUUAUAGCUCAGUAUGCCAACCGCAUUGGAGAAUCGGUUUCUGGCAAAGGACGGACACAGAUGCUGACUGGAGUGACAAAUUUUCGGGUGUUAGAAACUGGACCAUUUUUCCUCAGACUAUCCUGGGCAGCUGAUCGGAAUGAAGCCCUACAAGGCUACAGGCUCACUUAUGUGGCUAGAGGUGAAGCUCAAGCUGAAGAAGUGAAUCUUGAUGCCAGUUCUACUUCGUUCUUGCUCAGCAACCUUCAACCUAACACUGACUAUGUGAUAACAUUGUACCCAAUCUUCCCACAUCACACAAUAGUGCCUGCUGUAGUUCAUAGCCGAACACUGAAUUUGGCAGGAUUGCAACAACUGAAUGCCCAGGACAUCUCCUCCCAAGGGAUGCUGGUGAUUUGGAGGGGUAUGAGUGGAGUUACUGCAUACCGUGUUACCUGGGAACUCCUCUCAGGUCAGGGUCGUCAAACAGCUGAUGUGGAUGCUAGCAUGAAUUCCUAUUUGUUAACAGGACUGCAGCCUAACACUGAUUAUCUAGUAUCUGUUGCACCACUCUAUGGGCAGGUAGAAGGUCCCAAGGCCUCCAUUAGGAGGAGAACAGAAAUAGCCCAGAUUCUUAGGACUAUCGCUGUUGACCCAACAUCAAUUAAGGUUGCCUGGAAUAUCAUCCCUAAUGCUAGGGGGUAUCGUUUGGAGUGGAGAAAAGCAACAGGAGCAGAUUCUCUCAAAUCUGUCUCUCUUCCCACCAAUGAGAACAGCUAUACUCUGAGUGGCCUCCAGCCAAGCACGGAAUAUCAUAUCACCCUCUACACUUUGUAUGAUGGAAAAGAAGUAGCAACCCCAGUUACUAUCUCAGAGACUGGGGUGGCACCUUCAGUGGGAACCAUCUCCAACUUGAGGAUCAUCGAGACUAUAGGAAACAGAGUCCGGCUAUCAUGGCUAGGAGUCCAAGGAGCCACAGGAUAUAAGAUUGUAGUACGCAAUAUGCAAGGUGAGCACACAGGAACAGCUGACGGCACUGAGAGGGUCCGACGUAUCCCAGGCUCCCAGACCACAGAGGACUUACUUGAUUUGAAAGAGAAUGUCUCCUACGUGGUUCGUGUCUCAGCUCUUAUUGGCAGCCGUGAGGGUAAUGCCGUUUCUCUCAACGUCGGAAUCCGACCACCAUUAGUGGACAGUGUAUCAAACCUGCGCAUGGUGCCAGUGGGACUGGGUCGCAUUCGGCUGCUGUGGAAUCCUGUUCCCAGGGCUACAGCUUAUAAACUGGUGAUUCUCAAUACUCAGGAUCAAUCAGAGGAAACAAGAAGAAUCCCUGGAGACCAGAGUUUCUUUGAAUUGCAAAAUUUGAAGGAGGGCGUCACAUACUUAGUACAAAUAACAACACAGUUGGGCACCCAAGAAAGCAUUCCUGCCACCCUUACUUUUCAAGUUGAAAGAUCAGGAUGGGAGAAGCAGAUAAACAUAGCUGAGGACUUUAGAUAA